AUGCUGAAGAAAUACGACUCAAAUAAACACUUUUUUUCUUUUCGCUUUCUUUGGAAUAUGAAGGAAAGGCACGAGGUGCGCAGCAGACGCCGCGCUGGACUAUACUUUGUUUUUUUUUAUCAAUCUUUUUUUAAAUGCGUUUACUUCCCCAUCAUUAACCUCUCACUCACCGCCAUCUUUACUGAUUCCUUCUUUCUUUUUACGCCUUUUGUCACCUUCUCCCUUUAUUUCUUUGGAUUUCUUCUUUUUUUUUUUUCUUUUCAUCACUUUCCUUUUGCCUUUAUUAAUACACAAAUUGCACUUUCUUCUUCCCGUUUCAUUUAUUUGCAUUCUUUAUUUUUCAAUAUUAUCUUCUCUCUUUUCUCUUCCUCUUUCAGUAUUUAUUUCCAACUUUCUUUUUACUCUGCUUAUUCAAGCUUGCUAAUCUUCCAUCUUUAUUUCUUGCUGUCUCUCUUUCUUUCUCCAUCUCUUUCUCUUUCUCCUUUCCUUUCUCUCUCUAUUACUCCCUUUCUCUUUAGUUACAUUACUCAUUACUCUCUCUCUCUUCUUCUCUUUUCUGCCUCUUUAUUCAAACUGCAGCCCUUCCUCUUCCUUCUACGCUUUCUUUCUCGUUUUUACUUAUUUUUCUCGCUAUCUUUCGACAUCACUCCCUCUCUUUUUCCUUUUUCUUGUUUACUUCAUUUAAUCUGCAAUCUUCUUUAG